AUGGUUAUCAGUAACACUAUUUUUACGAAACGACAAGAACAUCUCAUCACGUACAAGAGUGGUAGAAGAGCUAGCCAAAUAGACUACCUCUUGUAUCGUAGGAGAAAUAUGGUUGAGAUAAUAAACUGUAAGGUAAUACCAGGUGAUCACGUGACCAACCAACACCGACUGGUCGUGAUGGAUUUGAACAUCAAGGUAUCCCGAGUGCAUAGCACACCGAAACCUGGACCUAAGAAAUGCAAUAGAUUGAAGGAUCAGAAGAAGAAAAAAGAGUUCAAAGAGAGAGUACUCGGGCAAAUUAGCCAAGAAAUUGAAGAUCUAAACUCCUGGUGGAAUGAAACAGCGGAAUUUGUGAUACGUGCAGGAAAAGAGAUUUUAGGAGAAACUAGUGGAAAGAUCUGGAAAGAUAAAGAAACUUGGUGGUUCAAUGAUGAAGUACAACAGCAAAUGAAAGAUGAGAAUGGAAAUAUAAUUAGAACAGAACAAGGAAACAUCAAGAGAUGGGAAGAGUAUUUCUCUAAAUUACUGAACGAGGAAAAUGAACGGCUGAUCAGAGGUGAUGGAGACGCUAACCAGGGUGCAGUCUUGGAAAUAUCAAGGAUAGAGGUGCAACAGGCGCUGAAGAAGAUGAAAAACGGGAAAGCCACGGGACCAGACGGCAUCCCCAUAGAAGCCUGGAAAGCGAUGGGAGAGGAAGGCAUUGACGUGUUAUGGAUGCUGAUGGGGAAGGUGAUGGAUGAGGAGAAUAUCCCGACAGUAUGGAAAGAAAGUAUAUUAAUACCGAUUUUCAAGAGAAAGGAGAUGUCCAAAAUUGUGAAAAUUAUAGAGGCAUAA